AUGGCGCCUUCGUCAUCCUACAUAUCCUCCCAGCUCAGGCAACUGAUCUACUACCACCUCGAUAACAACCUCGUCAAAAAUGCGCUCUUCCUCGCCGGCCGUCUACACGCCUACGAACCCAGAUCCUCUGAGGCAGCCUAUCUCCUCGCGCUAUGCCACUUAUUGAGUGGCCAAUCCAAGGCCGCCUGGGAGUACAGCAAGGUUGCAGGUUCUCGCGGAACACACCUUGGGUGUUCCUAUGUACACGCGCAGGCAUGUCUUGACUUGGGGAAAUAUAGAGAGGGUAUCAGCGCGUUGGAUCGGAGUCGAUAUCUCUGGGCUACGAAGAGUAAUUGGAAUAAACAUAGCGAGACUCGCCGUUCACAUACUCCGGAUGCAGCAGCUGUGUUGUGCUUACAGGGCAAGUUGUGGCAAGCCCAGAAAGAUCUCAAGCAGGCUGUAGAAUGCUACGCCGAGGCCUUGAAGCUUAACCCUUUUAUGUGGGAUGCCUUUCUUGGUCUCUGUGAAACUGGUGUCAAUAUCCAAGUGCCAAAUAUAUACCGUUUAAGCCCAGAAUUAGUGGCCAUGUUACAAGCUGCGCCUCAGCCAGAUCUAAGCGCACUUUCGGACAUAACAAUGUCAGCCAAUGGACCUCUGCAGACGCAGUCGAACUCAAAUUCCAACAGCGAUCCUUUCGCCAACACACCAAAGGGCGACCCUGUCUCGUCCACAGGAAGCUCGGCAUUGUGGGAAAAAUUAAAUGGAAGCAGUGUCAAUGUUGCUUCGGCAGGCACAACGAUUAUCCAUGAGAUACCCGAAUACGAGAAGGAGUCUGAAGAUACUCGCAACGCCCAUGGCGACACCUGGGACCCUCCACUUGCUCCAAAUCGACGAAAUAGGACCAUACAACAGGUCGAAUAUGGCGAUCCGCCUCCGAAGAUGCGAGCUACCGCUUUGAAAUCUAGGAUUCGGUCGAGAGCCGAGUCGGAAGAUCAAAAUGUUAUUCCAAUGGAUGAAGAAUUGACUUCUGUUGCGCCAGCAGGCGAUAGAAAACGAAACGUUUCUGGUCAAGUUGCCCAUCCACCCCAGGCUGCUGAGCCGGGUGCACCACAGCGGCGGAGUACGCGGCUGCUGAAUCAUAUACGACCAACCUCCAGCCGAUUAGCCACCGCCACUUUGGGAAGGGAGGGACGAGAAGUGAGGAAAGUCAGGGCUACGGGGACGAGAGGGCGGGCGCCUCCUGCGACGAACGUUGGACGCGUCGUGAGUGGAAAUAGAAAGGUUCUUGGUAGCGGCUCGGAUCCCGACGGCAAGGAGUCGCGAACAUCUGUCACGUCGUCAAACAGCGGUAGCUCGCAUCAUUCCAAGAGCGCAAUCGCGGACCGCUCAAAAGAAAUGGAAGCUUUGUCGUGGUUAAUGGAUCUGUUCUCUAAACUAGCCUCAGCCCACUACAAUUUGACCCGUUACAAGUGCCAGGAGGCUGUUCAAGCCUUCAACUUGUUAUCUCAGGCUCAGCGCGAAACGCCGUGGGUUCUAUCACAGCUAGGCCGGGCUUACUAUGAGCAGGCACUCUAUGCCGAUGCGGAGAAAUACUUCGUUCGAGUGAAAGCCCUGGCACCGGCGCGGUUGGAAGAUAUGGAAAUAUACUCGACUGUUCUAUGGCAUCUCAAGAAUGAUGUCGAGUUGGCAUAUCUGGCCCAUGAGCUCGUGGAGGUAGACCGUCUAUCUCCUGAAGCUUGGUGUGCGGUUGGCAAUUCGUUCUCUCACCAGCGGGAUCAUGAUCAAGCAUUAAAGUGUUUCAAACGCGCCACACAACUUGACCCACGUUUCKCUUACGCAUAUGCUCUUCAAGGCCAUGAGCACGUUGCAAAUGAAGAAUUUGACAAGGCACUUGACGCGUUCCGAAAGGGCAUUAGUGUCGACAGUAGACAUUACAACUCUUGGUAUGGUCUUGGCCAGGUUUACGAAAAAAUGGGUAAGCUCGAAUUUGCAGAGCAGCAUUACCGCAACGCAGUCCAAAUAAAUCCGAACAAUGCAGUGCUCAUCUGUUGUAUGGGUCUUGUGGUUGAAAAGUUGAACAACCCACAGUCUGCUUUGUUCCAUUACAGUCGUGCGACAAGCAUAGCUCCGAAGUCGGUAUUGGCGCGGUUCCGCAAGGCUCGCGUUCUUUUGAAACUGAACGAAUACAAACUGUCGUUGGCGGAGCUCAAAGUGUUGAAAGAUAUGGCACCGGAUGAAGCAAAUGUUCAUUAUCUCCUGGGAAAGGUCUACAAGCAGUUGCAUGACAAGGCCAAUGCAAUCAAACAUUUCACCACUGCCCUGAAUCUCGAUCCUAAGGCAGCGCAGUAUAUCAAAGAUGCAAUGGAAACAUUGGACGACGAUGAGGAUGAUGACGCGGACAUGGCAUAA